AUGGCGUCGCGGCACCGGAAUGCUUCUCCGGCGCCGGCGGGGAACGACUCGCCGCAGCCUGCCUUGCCGGCAACCUCGCCGCGGCUUGCGGCGGAGUUCCCUCUCGACGCGCCCGAGGCCAAGGAGAGCGUGACCGUUACCGUCCGCUUCCGGCCGCUCAGCUCGCGGGAGGUUCGGCUGGGGGAAGAGAUCGCUUGGUACGCGGAUGGGGACACCAUUGUGCGGAGCGAGCAAAAUCACAGCAUCGCUUACGCGUACGAUCGAGUCUUCGGACCGACUACAACAACCCGACACGUACAUGAUGCUGCAGCUCUGCAUGUUAUCAGUGGUGCCAUGGAGGGAAUAAAUGGUACAAUAUUCGCAUAUGGAGUUACAAGCAGUGGGAAGACGCAUACAAUGCAUGGAGAUCAAAGAUCCCCGGGGAUCAUACCUUUGGCUGUGAAAGAUGCAUUUAGUAUAAUACAGGAGACUCCAAAUCGAGAGUUUCUUCUCCGUGUAUCAUAUUUGGAAAUCUAUAAUGAGGUUGUCAACGAUCUUCUUAAUCCUUCAGGUCAGAACUUACGGAUUAGGGAGGAUCUUCAGGGAACAUUUGUUGAGGGCAUACAAGAAGAAGUGGUGUUGUCUCCUGCACAUGCUUUGUCCCUUAUUACAGCCGGAGAAGAACAUAGACACGUUGGAUCCACAAAUUUCAAUCUGCUAAGCAGCAGAAGCCAUACAAUUUUCACACUGACAAUAGAGAGCAGCCCCUGCGGUGUAUCUAGUGAAGAGGAAGCAGUUACCUUCUCACAGCUGAACCUCAUCGAUCUGGCAGGUUCAGAGAGCUCAAGGGCCGAAACUACGGGAGCACGCCGGAAGGAAGGAUCUUAUAUCAAUAAAAGCUUGCUAACUCUUGGAACGGUGAUAUCAAAACUGACUGAUGGAAAAGCUACACAUGUUCCAUUUCGAGAUUCCAAAUUGACACGGUUACUACAGUCAUCCUUAAGUGGACAGGGACGUGUUUCUCUAAUAUGCACUGUUACUCCAGCAUCAAGCAAUUCAGAAGAGACUCAUAACACGUUAAAAUUUGCCCACCGUGCAAAGCACAUUGAGAUUCAAGUAUCACAAAACAAGAUUAUGGAUGAGAAGUCUUUGAUAAAGAAGUACCAGAAUGAAAUUUGCCAAUUGAAGGAAGAGCUAGACCAACUGAAAAGGAGUAUACUUUCUGGCACUCCUUCAAAAGAUGCCACAGAAGACAAUGUCAUUCUUUGGAAACAGAAGCUAGAAGAUGGUAAUGUCAAACUCCAGUCUAGACUGGAACAAGAAGAGGCGGCUAAAGCUGCUUUGCUUGCGAGGAUACAAUGUCUAACAAAGCUAAUCCUGGUUUCCACAAAAGCAACUCAGACUCCUAGAUUGUCUCAACGUCCUGGGCCAAGGAGAAGACAUUCUUUUGGUGAAGAGGAGUUGGCAUGUCUCCCGCACAGAAGGCGAGAUAUCGUAUUGGAUGGUGAAAGCAAUGAUUUAUUUGUUCCUAUGGAAGGAUUUGAUGAAACAGUUGAAGCUUCUUCCAAAGGGGAGAAUAAGAAUCGCAAAGGGCUUCUUAACUGGUUCAAACUUCGGAAACAUGACGGUGGUUCUAAUGCUCCAAGCUUAGGUGGUGACCAAUCUAGCCUGAGGAAAGCAUCGACUGCCCCUUCAACACCCUUGGCGAAUGGACUUAAUUCUCAAACAGAGCAAGGGAUGUCUAACUCUUUGCUUCCUGAGAAUGUAUCAGCUAACCUGCUGAGCGUUGACCAUGAAGAAUUUCAUUCUGAUGAACUUCAUGGAGAAGAAGCUCCUUUGGUCACCAGAAAAACAUCAGAUCAUGUUGAUCUAUUGAGAGAGCAACUGAAGAUCCUGUCAGGGGAGGUUGCAUUACAUAAAAGUGUUCUAAAGCGCCUCAUGGAAGAAGCUGGAAGAAGCACAACGAAUGGUCAUAUCGAGAUGGAAAUGAAAAAGGUCAGUGACGAGAUUAAGGGCAAGCAGCAGCAGAUAGCACAUUUAGAAAGGCAGAUUAAGGGGAAGCUUGACCAGUUAGAACAUACACUGUCUCACACUAAGCUACUGGAGCAGGUCAAUGAGAAAGCAUUUGAACUUGAGGUGAAGACAGCAGAUAACAGAGUAUUGCAAGACCAGCUACAGCAAAAGACAACAGAGUGUCAGGCAUUACAAGAAGCAGUUGCCCACUUACACGAACAGCUUUCCCAAGCUCUCGAAGCUAAUGAUUUAUUGUCAGAAAGCAUCAUAUUUCAGCAGUACACAGACAUCAGCCUUCAAAAUGGAUCGCAAGUUCACAAAGAAAAUCCAGCAUCUAUAGAUGUCUCUGAUGAACUGCAUCAAAAAGCAGAGCAGUCAGAUAUUGAUGAACUGAAGCAAAGAUUGUGUGAGCUCACUGAGGCCAAAGCUCAACUAGAGGCCCACAAUCAGAAGCUGCAAGAGGAAAGCAUGUACGCAAAAGGCCUGGCCUUGGCUGCAGGCGUGGAACUGAAAGCACUGUCUGGGGAGGUCACCAAACUCAUGGACCACAACGAGAGGCUCGUGAACGAGUUGGCUUUAGCAAGAAAUUCAACACAACGACGAGUGAGCAAUGGUCAAAGGGUUGGCAGAAGGGAUAGCUAUAAUAAACGGCUUGACCCAGCUAGUAGAAGAGAUGUUCAUGCUAGCUAUGAGAGGGAACAAGCUCUGGAGGUCAUGCUUAUGGGGAAGGACCAAAGAGAGUUGGAGCUCCAGAAGAAAAUCGAGGAGUCGAAGCAGAAGGAAGCCUUCCUGGAAGGAGAGCUUGCGAACAUGUGGGUUCUUGUGGCGAAACUGAAGAAGGGUCAGGUAAACCAAGAUGAUGUCGAUGCCAAACCCUAG